AUGCUGCAUUGGACUUCUAUGCAGGGCAAAACCUUCGGGCGGCCGUUCAAGAAAAUGGCGGCUGCGCUCAUACCGCUGGUGUUCCAGAUGGGCGCGGCCGCUACGUGGGCGGUGGUAGCAGCUUUGGUCGGCAUCAAGACCCUCGGAGUUACCCUGCUCAUCCUCAAACUGCUGCUCGUGGCUGGCGCUGUUAAGAUCGGCGCACUGUUUGGAAGUAAAGGACAUCAAAACAGCAGUGGCUGGGAACCACCGCAUUCGCCGCAAAAGGAAAUCCAUUUGCACAUACACAACGGCCACAAUGGACACAGCGCCCCCGAUGAGCACAUCCCAUUCUCCUCCUGGAGCAGAGAAGGUGUGCCCACUUCACCGGAGAGCAAACACGUUAACGUCGUAUAUGAACCGUAUGUUCCCGGACCACAAACAAUAAGUACGCCCUAUGGGAACUACGUGAAAAUUGAUAGCAGUGGCAUAAGUGGGAAAGUGAAA